AUGGAGAACCAGCCGACUCGUCCAUGGUUCCGCUUGGUCUCUCAAAUCCGGAGAGAGCCACCGCCACCCCCACCUCCUCAACCACAACCUCUCGCCGUUCCCCAGCCAAGGCCUCCUCUUGUCCUUGCACCUACAACGCCAAUCAGGCCUCCUCCACCACCAACACUCCCUUCUCCUCCUCCUCCUCAGCCCCAGCCCCAGCCUCAACCACCUCAGCCACGCUCACCUGUUCCAGCACCCACACAAGUCCCUCCCCCUCCUUCACCCAAGCCCCAAACUUCGUCCCCACUGCGUGCAGCGGCCGUUUCGUCCCCAGCACCGCCAUCCUUGCCAUCUCCCCCAAAGCUUCGGGCACCCUCUUCUUCAUCUUCGCUACCACCAUCCCCGGUGGCACCCGAGACGUCCUAUUCUUUGUUACCUCUUUCUCAACCACCUCAGCCACGCUCACCUGCUCCACCACCUGCACAAGUCCCUCCCCCUCCUUCACCUAAGCCCCAAACUUCACCUCCACCUCGCGCAGCCUCUUCGCCCCCACCAUCUCCCCCAAAGGUUCCGGCACCCUCUUCUUCGCUACCACCAUCUCCAGCGGCAUCCAAGUCGUCCUAUUCUUUGCUACUACCUUCUCCAACACCUGCAAAAGCUGUAGCAUCUUCUCCUGCGGCCAAAGGUUCUUCCCUGCCAUCUCCUCCUCACGCACCCAAAGUCCCUCCUCCAUCUCAGGUGACCACAAACAUUAGUCCACCGCGGCAAUCUCCCAAGAUCCUCAAGCGUUCUUCACAGACCUCACCCCCACAAGUCUCUGCACCUCCUCCAUCUCCCUUGUCACUGCCACCAUCCCAGCUAGAGCCUGAAACCGAACCACCCGUAGUUGCUGAGAAGAAGAGUGUGGUCCUCCAAGAGGAAAAGGAGAAGCCUAAGAUGAUGCAGACGCCUGGUGCUACCAAAACCAUUGACAGCUUGAAGAAUGGGAAGUUUGGAGGAGGAAGCAGAGACGUAGCCAUCAAGGAUAAGGAGAAAGUGGGGAUGACGGUGAUCACCUUAGCUGGUGAGAACAAGGGCGCCUACAUGGAAAUCGUCGGCUCCAACAAGAAGAAACCCGACACAGCGGAGAGAACUGGAAUCCAUGGCAAAAAAGUGGGUAGCAACAGUAACAGCAGCAGCAGUAGCAGCGAUGAGGACAACAAAUCCGUCAUGGAGGACAAGAAAGUAACAGCGACGCCUUCGCGUGCUUUUGUUAACAGUAACGUACAAGGGGUUAACAACUCCAUUCUAUUCAACACUUCCUUCAGUCACCAUGAUCCUGGGGUUCACCUCGUUCUUCCGGAAAAGCCGAAGCACCUACCUGGCCGUCCCAUCCACUCCAAAGACAGCAUCAAUGGCGACCACAAAACUUGAUUAAAAAAACCAAAAGUUUCAGAGCAAGAGCAAAGCGUGAUACGAUGAUGCCCAAGUCUGUCCGUUUUCUUAAAAACUUCA